CAUGCACAGCUGCAAUGAUAUUUUCUUCAGAAUCCAUGGAAAUCAGUGAAACAAAUACCAUAAAUUUAAGCGUGGACCCACCACCUCAACAACCCUCGAACCAGCAAAGCAGAAAUUCCUCACAAAGGCCAAUGGCUAUCCUCUGGUACAUUGAGAAUUGCCCUGUUCUGAGUGAUGUCCGCCCUGAAUAUGUAUCUGCUAACAUUAGAAUGGCAUUACGCGUUCACCUUGUUAUAGAAGGAGCUAUUACAAUGUUCUCUGCCUAUGGAGAUUUCAAUGCCUUCCCAAGGCGGCUAAGGGAGGGUUGCCAAAGGACUGGUGUGAAACUCGUAGAUGUUCCAAAUGGAACAAAGGACGCAGUUGACAAGGCUAUUUUGGUUGAUAUGUUCUUGCUCGCUCUUGACAACCCUCUGCUAUCAUCCAUUAUGUUGAUCUCAGUGGAUGUAGAUUUUUCUCUAGCAUUGCACAUACUGGGACAGCAUGGUUACACUAUCAUCCUUGUCAUUCUUGCUAGAGUAGGCGUUUCAUCUGCCUUGAGUAAUGUAGGUAGGUUCGACUGGGAUUGGCCUAGGGUGGCUCGUAGAGAAGGGUUUGUGCCUCCUAAGGCACUGAUGUCUCGUGUACCUACUGAAAUUGCUGGGUAUCUUAUGGGUUGCCAUAUAAAUGAAAAUACUGAUGGGAAAAUUAAGGAGGAAUCAAUCGUUUAUAGAGGGAGUUCACAAAGCGAGUACACUGCUCGGGCUAACAUCAACCAUUUUGACUAUUUUUACCCAAGAGAUUUCUCAAGGGCUUUACAGUCCUUAUCUGAAUACAACAAUUUGAUUACCAAUUUGCCAUGCCUUGUUCUCCCUCUGGUCUAUACGAUGUUUUAG